GUAUGCCGCGCAGUGCACUAGGCUCGCGUACAGUCAUGCUAGCUGUUUGCAGGUAUACUACGUCUUGCCUCCUUCUCUGCACGAAAGCAAAGCCAAGUCUGGGCUGCAGGCAAUUGGCAUGCUCCGAACACGUUCACUGUAUGUAGGUAACACGCGAAAAGUGCAUCGUUAUUCGCUCGGAGCUGCUGCUAGCAUCAUUGAUGUUUUCGUCGACAGUCGUGUACUCGGUGAGCUGCGCAGUUCCGUUGCCAUCGUGUCUUACGUGUCUUUUGUGCUUAUGCUCCGCAAUUGUUGUCAUGACUUACUGAAAACGAGCGUGAGAUCCAACAACGCAUCAGGAUGGCUUCUUCGGGUAUCGUUAAUGAGCAUGAGGUUAGAACAUCCUGUCCCCGACCUACAGAAACCAAUAAAGAAAAAGCAGCAAUGAUUUCAUACGAAGAAAUAGCUACAAAACUUCUUAAUGAAAGACUUCUUUUAACUGCUUUAGAACUUCAUGCCGAGCUUUGUGAAGCAGAUAGAGAACUACCUAUCCUCAAAGAUUUUUUUUCUAAUCCUAAUAAUUUUGAAUGUCUGAAUAUCAAACCAGAGCCUUGUCUAUCAAUUGCAAGGUCUGGAAGUCAAGCGACAUUGGACUCACUCGAUAUGACUCGGUUUUCUGAGGAUGGAGGAGGAGUUGAUGAAAGAGUAGCUGUUUUAGAAUUUGAAUUGAGAAAAGCUAAAGAAAACAUCAACUCACUACGAGCUAAUUUAACUGUAGUUACAGAGUCUGAAGUCAGCACACCUGAAAAAGGGUCAGACAAAUCAAUUUUGGAUCAUCCAAUUAGACCUCAUGAAAAACGAGCCCUUAAUUUUCUUGUGAAUGAAUAUUUGUUAGCUAAUUUAUAUAAACUAACUUCUAUAACCUUCAGUGAUGAAAAUGAUGAUCAAGAUUUUGAAGACUGGCAAGAUGUAGGUUUAAAUAUUCCAAAACCACCUGAACUGAUUCAAGUAUACAGAGAAUUUAUGAGGUCCACUGGUUAUGAUAAACCACCACAAAGUAGUAUUGCUGUUCAAACAGAUGAGAAAGAUUCUGUCGACGGAGUAGAAAAAGAUGCACUAACUAAGUUAGUAAGCGAUCAAGAAGAAGAGAUAAAAAAGUUGAAGGAAAAAACAGCUCAGUUAGAAAGCAUGAUAGCAAAUUCCAACCUUACCAAUAUUAUUGAUGAGCAACCGGGUAGAUCAGGGACAACUCAAACUUCGGAUUCAAACUCUACUACACCUGAUAAAUUUGAAUUGCUUGAAUCACCUCCAAUGCAGGAAGGUCUAAUUUCGCAGCAAUUACCAGAAACAGAAGAAGAUGAUAGUGGUUCAAUUGUAGUAAGCAUAGGUGAGACGGAAGCAAGUGAACGAGACUGGACUAGAAUACAGUAUUUAAAGAAUGAUGUCAAUGUUACUAAUGGAAAUUCUCCUUCAAGACAAUUGCCAACCAAUUUUCGCAGAGAAGUACUGAAACUCUGCCUGAUCGAAACUCCUAGUUGUGUAGCAGAAGUCAUCAAUGAACCACUAAAAGAUAAUAUUACUCGCGACAAUAUUGCCGAAAUUAUGUCUUAUGUCUUACCUCGAUUAGUUCCAAACAUUGUUUUAAAUAAACGUGAAGAGGUCAUAGCAUUAAUCCUUAGUGCGAUCAAGCUACACGCAAAUCCAGCAGAACGAGAAAAAUUAUAUCAUCUAUUGUUUGGUUUGCAAAAACGACCACAAGAUGAGGAACGACAUAUGAUCCUUGCUGGUUUGUCAGCGAUUGCAAGACUUGAUCCAGAACCAUCUGAAAAUGAGGAGGUAUUGAAUCUUUGCUGGGAAUACAGUCAGCACAAAUACCCAGAACAGAGAAUCCUAGCAGCUGAAUGCUGCGCGACUUUGGCACUUUAUACAACUAGUGGUGUAAGGAAUUCUUUGAUGAUCUCAAUGCUUCAGCAGAUGCUUCUCGACGAUCAAGAUGCAAGCGUGCGGUGCUCUGUCAUUAAGAGCCUCGCACUGCUUGUAGCUCUAAUGGAUGAUUCCGACAAAUACUUUCAAUGUGAAGAGUUGGCAUUGACAGCUUUGGAUGAUGUGUCAGACGACGUAGUUGAAGCAGCCACUACGAUUCUCAUACCGAUUUUGGCUCAAUGGGCGUUAUCGAUGAAGCGCCUGCAAUCUCAUCUGUUACCAAGAAUUUUGACUAAACUAAAAUCGCUACUGAAGCCAAAUCUUAGUUCCCCUGGUAUGAGGCCAGAAUAUCAUAACAACGAUAACCGAGCUCUGGUGUUGAUCGAAGUAAUGCGAUAUCUUUUGCCUCACACAAUAGUGUGUACAAUUGAUGUCGAGCCCGUCAGGCAACGCAUGCAAGAGAGUGUACCCUCACGAAUACCUACGGAAUUCCUUAAUCUUUGUACUACACCACUGAGUAAUCCAAAAAUAUUCCACAAUUGCGACGUCGAUUUAGGUAUUAUGUUAAAUACUUUUCUUCUUACUGCUUGGGAUGAUUGCACAUGGCUGGAGCUUGACUGGAUUGUUGAUAAACUAAUAUUCGAAUACAUAGAAAUAAUGCAGCUUGUUCAAUCGACGCAUGAGAGUGUUAUGAAUGGGCUGCUCACUUACUUGCAGUCUUUGUGCACGGGUUUUGGUAAAUAUAUUACACAAAAUAAGAUUGCAGCAGCUUUCAAACCGCUAAUAAAUAGUAUCGACAUUGAGCUUUCAGAAGUAAAUGAUGUUAAAAAAUUAACGAAUGUGAAUCUUGUACCUGCGUACUUAACCAUACUCACUACAUUAGAUAGUAAUAAAUUUACCAAUGCUCUCAAGCAAUAUAUAAUUUCCUUAGCAAGGCGUAGUGAGGAUUUAAGUGGUCUUGAAACUAUGGUAGUAAAGUACUGUGCACAGUCAGAAUUGCAAGAGCUUGUUUUAUCCGGCAUUUGGGAUGGCGUUGUAUACGACGAUCCACGAGUCAAAUGUGCAACUGCUUCUAUUCUUGGUACAAUUAUUUCCAAAAUUUCCGAUAAAUUAGUCGACAUUCGGAUAGCUCCAGCAGUUGUAACUUUGUCUACUGAUAGCGACUUAACCGUGAAAGCAGCAGCAAUACCUCUGUUAGGAAAACUUAUAACAGAAUGCGAUACGAGAGACGUCAAAGAUAAGGCUAGAGGAGCCCUUGAAUCUAUCUUGAGAGAUCCCUCUGGUAUACCAGAUGUUUUGAUCGUUCCUUUAAUUCUAGCCAUAGCUGCUGCUGCACCGUAUUGUCCUCAAUCGUAUCUCGAAGAUGUCAUAGCCACACAACUUACUGGAAUAACAGCAUCAACGUUGCAAAAAUAUCGAAACGUCGAAUUAGCGAAUGCUUUGGUGGAGGCAUAUUCGGUUAUAGUCUACUGUAAUUUAUCAAAUCAGUGUAUGGUAAAUUUGAUUGCUCCUGGACUCAAGUACCUAGAUAAUCUUGUUAAUCAAGUAGUGCCUUUGCAAAAAGACACAGUGCGCGCGUUGCUGCGUGAAGUGGAUAGCAAAAAAGAUACACCUAGCAAAUUAGACAGAUCUGCAUCAAUGGGAAGUGGAAUCUCAUUGUCAAUGGCAUCUGUGAACGUUGGUCAAGGUGUAGAAGAUAUGCGUCAGCGCAUGAGUAAGAUGUUUCAUCAAAAAACUACAUCGCCGAGUAUGCCUAGUAUAUUUAGAAAAAAAACAUAACUCUAACUUGCACUCGAGUAUAAUAUUUUUAUCUCAUUAUUUUUGGUAUUAUGAUCACAGAAUCUCGUAUAUGUUAGAAUAGUACGUUAUGAUGAGAAUAUUUUUCAAGCGAUUCAGAGGAUUUUAUAUUCAGUGCCUACGUACGGUGCAAUACAAAUAUUUAAAUAACUGUUGAAUCUAAACCUUUUCUAUUAAAAUUUCUCAUGUUCACGAAGUAGUUGAACAUUCAUGAAUUUCUUGCUAGAUAAGUGUAAUGAAAAAAGUGGACUAUGUCCUAGAAAUUUAUAUUUUUAAAAA